AGCUUGUACAUUAGUGAGCGAUGUAGCUACACACCUGUAUAGUCUAGAGUACAUAAUUGGAAUAACUUGUUGUCUCAUAUCUAGUCAGGGGUGUAUUCUUGACGCUAUUCUGUUGCAAAACGGAAGCAAACGAAACGGGGUGGGAUUUACCUGAAUUUGUCCAAUUUGCAAUUGUUUGGACUAGUGAUGACACCCUAGGUUGUCUGAAUAAAAACAUUUGAUGAUAACUUGUGAAGUAGCAAUCUGCGUAGCCCAGCUAACGGCAACGUUAGUACCAGCAGAGAGGAAUAGGCGGCAGUACCAAGUAGCUAGUAACGUUAGUGGUUAGUUGUACAAUAUAAUGGAAGUUAGCAACCCGCUUGGUCAAUAUUAGCAACGUUUUGCAGAAACUGACAUUAGUACUAAUAUUUUGCCUUUGGGAGUUGAACUAUCACAGUAGUACCAAAUAUACUGGGAGCCAGUAUAUGGUUGCUAUGGAGAUGGCUGCUGAAGACAUAGUGAUUCAGGAGACCGUGGGGGCAGAGGUGGAGCUACUGGAGGAUGUGAACAAAGCCCAGAAGCAGAGUCCACCGGAGAUCCCCAGGUUUUCUGUGCCACGCCCGUUCUCCAUUCCAGAGGACUCGAGUGACGAUGACUGUGACCUGUCAGGGGACAGCGUCUCUGCUUACGGCAUGCAUUCCAUGGAGCUGGGGGGAAAGUGCUGGGAAUGUGGCGUGCAAUUCAAGUCUGGCCAGGAGUUGAUCGAACACUUUGAGAGCCACAGGUCCAAGGUCUCAACGUCCUGCAACAUAUGUCAAGUGACUUUCAGUCGCACAGUAUCACUGGCUAUGCACCUAGUCAACGCACACCCAAACUCAGUCCUCCAUUGCAGCAACUGCCAGCUGCAUUUCAGCAACUUGUGGGAUCUCAACAAGCACAUAGGAAUACACUUGUUCACCGAGUUGUUAAAUACACCCCUUGAGGACAUCUCAAAUAAUGGCUUGAAUAGCAGUGAAGAGACUUUAAAGGGACAGUAUACUCUACCUUCAGCCUUGGCACUCAAACAUGAGGACUACUCAAAUGAUGGCAGUGAGGAGACUUUAAAUGCACAGUGUACUUUACCUUCAGCAGUGACCCUAGACCAUACGUAUAGCAUGGAAAGCAAUGGGAGAAUGACAAAGACAAGACAUAGGCUGGAGGAAGAUGUCAAACCAGACCCUUCCACUCUGACCCUAGGCCCCUCCAUUCUGACUCCCUCACUGAGGAUCCGUGUCAAACUGGAGAGAGGGGUUGAGGUUGAUGGCGCCCCCCUCCAGUGGGAUGAGGGGAUGAGCGAUGGAGAGGGGAGUGAACAUAGCGAAGACACUGAGAGUGCAGGAGGAACAGACAACGACAGGUUAACAGAGAGCAGCGGAGAAACGGAUAUAGAUGAGGAGGACAUCAGGCUGAGUGAAGAAGAGGAGGAGGAAAUGAAAAGUAAACAGGGGGAGGAUAGGAAGAAUGACAUCCAGAGCGAAAAAGAGGAUGAGGAUGCUGAGAUACUGAUUGACCAAGAUGGUGAGCCCUCCUCGUCUGAGCGGGAGUCAGAAUUUGACCCAGAAGAGUUAUCAGAUUCUGACUCGGGGUCCAGCAGCACUGGGGAAUCCAGUGGGUCUUCUUACACUCCUGUACGCACACGGAAAGCCAAGACCCGGCCAUCCUGGACUAAGCGGCCCCAGACCAAGUUGUCCCAGGUCAAGCCUUAUUAUUGCAUCUAUUGCACCAAAGGACCGUAUCAUAAUAUGGACUUUCAUGUGAAGACCUGCAAUAUGAAGGACUUUCAAUGCUCUUUAUGCCAAGCCGUCUUCCCUACCGAGAUGGCCAUGUUGGACCAUGAGGUUCGGACUCACUCUGAAGCCAUAUCGGGCCAAAUGUACACCUGUGAGUUCUGCCGUCAGGUCUUCCCCGAUCUGGCCAUCUACAAAAACCACAACUGUCCCAAAAAAGACACAUCCCCCCCAUAUGUUCCUGAUCCCACUACGUGUAUCCAUUGUGGAACAGGGCCAUUCACUAAUAUGGACGUUCAUUUGAGAAGCUGCAGUUGGAAAGGUCUUACAUGCACUGAGUGCAGAGUACUCUUCCAUAAUAGGAAGGCCCUGCAGAACCAUAACGUUUCAGUUCACGGACAGCUUUCCACUAUGUGUGCUGUUUGCGGCAGAGGGCCAUUCACUGAUAUGGACUUCCAUUUGAGGAGCUGCUCUAGGGAUUGGUCCUUACAAUGCUCUGAGUGCAAAGUCCAAUUUCCUUCUGAGAAAUUCCUGGUGGACCAUAAUCUUCAAUAUCACAGUGCCACAUCAAAGACCUCUGACCAAGGUGUCUGUGUUUAUUGCGGCAGUGGACCAUUCACUAGUCUGGACAUCCACAUGAGGACCUGCUCUAAGCAGAAGGGCUUAAAAUGCUCUGUGUGCAAUGUUUUUUUCCCUACUGAAUCGGUCCUGGCUGAUCAUAUGGUUUGCUAUCACAGCACCCCAUACCAUGUCCAUAGAACCCCAUACCAAGUCCAGAGCAUCCCAUACCAAGUCCAGAACAGAGACUCAGAGACCCCUGAAGGUACCUGUCUCCAUUGUGGCAGAGGUCCAUUCACUAGUCUGGAUAUCCACUUGAGGACCUGCUCUGGGAAGAAGGGCUUCAAAUGCUUUGUUUGCAACGUUUUCUUUCCUACAGAGACAGCCCUGGCCGACCAUAAGGUUCUCGUUCACAGUAUCCCAUCAGAGACCCCUGACAAAGGUACCUGUGACCAUUGUGGCAAGGGGCCAUUCACUAAUCUGGACAACCACAUGAAGACCUGCUCUGAGAGGAAGUGCAUCCAAUGUUCUGUGUGCAAGUUUUUCUUUCCUAGUGAUGUCCUGGCCAACCAUAUGAUUUCCUAUCACAGUACCAAAUCCCGAGUUCAGAGCCCAGUCACAGAGACGCCUGACAAAGGUGCCUGUGUCCAUUGCGGCAGAGGGCCCUUCACUAGUCUGGAACAUCACAUGAAGUACUGCAAUAAGCAGAAGGGCAUCCAAUGCGUUAUGUGUAAAGCUUACUUUCUUACUGAGGGCAGUCUGGUGGACCAUAUUGUUUUGGCUCACGCUGACAAGCUGGUCACCCAAGCUGGUGGGUCCUCCGCUACGACUUUCUCUUUCGUACCCAUGGCUAUCUCUACCACCUCAGGCCGGCAGAGCCCCAGUAGCUCCACCCUGAUGUGUUACAGUAGUGGCAAUAAGGAGCUGAAACGACUGGCCCCAGUCCCUGUGGCUGAUCAGGACCCCAGUCCAGUUGGCCAGCUAACACCUGCUGGACAGUCUCCUGUGUCUCUGCCUAGAGUAAUGCUGUCUACCACCUCCUCUUCCCAGCCAGCUGUUCCUGUGGUGGCCACCUUGCUCUUUGACAACACUGGUGGUGGUCCAGGGAAAAUGGCCAGGCUGGUCCCAGUGGCCCCACAGACCAACCCUCCCAAACCGCAGGUCACAGCACCCAUGCAGACUAACACAGCAAAGCCCCUUGGGCAGUUCUCUAACCUUCUGCAACAGACUAUCCAUCAGGCAAAAUCUGUCCAACAGCAGACACCCAGCCCUACUACCCUAGCCAUGGACCCUAUCAGAUCACCCACCACUCCAUCCCCUAGACCUGUCUCAGCCUCUGCCCCGGGGAAAAUCACCUUGAUCCGCCUCUCACCUGUCCCUACCCCCCCUCAAGCUCAGUCUUCCCCCCUUACCCUUGCCUUUGCCCCAGCCCCUCUAAGCAUCAUGUGUAUGUUUGUGAAUAGAAGUAAGGAGCUGGCCCUGGAGAAACGCAUGAAGAUGAGCUGGCGCUCCAAGGGCACCUACACCUGCCGCCAGUGCGGCGCUGUCUCGCAGCAGCCCUCGCUCAGUGUGAAGCACCGCUACCUCCACCGGGGCUCCCGGCGGUACCGCUGCCACUGUGGUAGGUCGUUCCUGCGGCGGUUGCACCUCCUGCGUCACUACCUCCAGCACGCCCAGGCCACCCGCUACAUAUGCACUGCCUGCGGGGAGACCUUUGACGGGGCAAAGUGCCUCGCACAGCACAUGGUUGGAGCUUCCAGCACAACUAGAUGUCCAGGUGACAGCAUAACUUUGAAGCUGAGGAAAGAGUGCCGGAUGCCCUUCUCCUGUCACUGUGGGCAGAUGUUUUGUAGGCCUGCUGCUUUUCUCUGGCACAAACUGAAAAACACCCAAAGGACUUAACACUGAAAUGGGCCCACAGCAGGGCCCAGUCUAGGCCCUAUUCAAAGCAGUGGUUUUUCCAUGGCUCACACAGGCAGGCAAGCCUAUCAUUUACUAUGCUUAGGGGUAGAGGAGGACAAUGCAGUUUGUGGACUUGUUUGACUUUUUUCACUGUGAAUGAAAGAUGAUUCCUUAUGAAAUAAUCUAUGUAUGUAUUGGUUUAAAAUGUGUUUUCACUUCCACUAAAACAUUCUGUUUUCACCAAAAGACCAAAAAUACAAUCAUAUUAAAAUGAUAUAUUUGACUUGAGUUGUCUUUGUAAGAGGUCAUAGGUUAUUUGUACAUUAGAAGACUAAAGCAUUAUCAUUAAUUCGGUUCCAUGAGAUGGCAAUAUUAUUAUCGUUAAUAUUAUAAGUAGGUUAUGAUUUAGCUGGUAGAACAAUACUCAUUCAAAAACUUUCAUUCACCAAUGGCUUUUAAUUGUCAGGAAGACCAGAAAAUGUAUUUCCAAUGCAUGGUUUUAUCAUGUGCAAAAGAACCUGUAAACGUUUCACUUCACAUCGUUUUUGCAGAAUCUAUCCUUUUGUAAGCCGAUUUCACAAUAUUACCUGUACAUGUGAUCCUCAUGUUAAAAAAACAAAAUAUAUUUUUUAAAGAAUUACAUAUCUUAACUCCAGUUAAUGAAAAUGCAGACGUCCAGUUUAAAUACAACCAUGGGAAUAGUUGUCCUCACAAGGUGCUUGAUUUAGUAAUGCCCCAGAUUACCAGCCUUACCAUUGGGGCUGGAGAACGGGUACAAUUUGUGGAUUCACAAAGUGAAUGACAUAAAUUAUGCAAAUAAGACAAUGCUGUGCCACUGACCCAUAUUUCCCCAUUCACACU